CCGGGUUAUGUCACCGGAAGCAGGAGCGAUGACAUUGUACCAAAUAAAUAAGUCAGUCCGCCGAGUGGCUAAUACUUUGUUAACCUAGAUGCUUUAAAGCCGCUGUAAGUGUCCGGAUUGUAGUAAAUAUGUCGUCCACCACUACAGGUUUCACGGAGGAGCAGCAGCGCACAACAGCGCAGGCGCCUCUUAACAUGGACUACAUCCCCACAGAGGAGGAGAGGAUGGUGUUGAAAGAGUGCAACAAGGAGAGCUUCCUUUAUAGGUCUCUUCCCUUCUCUGUGAUCAGCAUGGCUGUCACUCAAGCCCUAGUUGCCAGAGGGGCUCUGUCUGCAUCUCCAAGGUUUGGAUCUCUCCCCAAAGUGGCCUUUGCUGGCUUCUGUGGCUACCUGGCUGGUAAACUGUCGUACAUGAAGACGUGCCAGGAGAAGUUCAAGAGGCUGGAAAACUCCCCUCUAGGAGAGAUCCUCAGACAGAGGACAGGAAUGCCUUCACAAUAUUCCAAAGGUCAACAGUCAGAGCUGAGUGACCCAGACACCCAGUCAUUUGGCACCAUGUUUCAGCCCGCAGAGGCCCCGAGCAACAUGUCCACCCACAACAAAGAUUAUGGAUAUGGCUACCAUCCAGAGCCACCUGCGCAAAUGGGCAGAGCAAGUGACUUUAAUGCUCCAGCUCAGUCAUAUGUGGAAGAGGGGGAGCCCAGGAAGAAGCCCAUCCUCUAUGAGGACCUGAGGCUCAAAAACAGAGAGAACUAUGAGGUCACACUCACUCAGAAGGCCGACACACUGCUCAGACCACCCACUGAAAGGGAGCCAGAGAGACCCAAGAAAGAGGUGAAGAAGAAUAUCUAUGGAGACACCUGGGAAGAAUGAGUCCGUGUUUGAACUGACAAUAUAAUUUGUACUGUGGCAUCACUGAUGCAACAGGAAACCAGCAUCUUAAUGGCAACUUUUCUUGAAGUUGUAUGAGAUUUUGAUCAGUAUGUCUUUGCGAGUGUCAAUAAAACCCGAUUUGUUGAUGAGUAA